AUGGCGCCCUCUGCGACUGAUGAUGGCAUUCCCGCCUCCAAGCUGCCCCCGCCUAGGGAAUACCCCCCAGCCAAGAUCUUCCCCAUGAGGGAGGCUCGCUUCGACAAGCCCAUGGCCAUCCAGCACGACGGCCGUGAAAAGGCUCUCGCUCGGCCUCCGGGCACCUGCGCCAUCGUCAUCGAUAACGGCUCCAAUGCUGUCCGCGCCGGCUGGUCCUUCGAGGACAAGCCGCGCAUGAGCAUCCCUCCCAUCAUGUCCAAGUACCGCGACCGCAAAGCUGGCAAGACGUAUUCCUUUGCCGGCAACGACUGCUACGCCGACGCCAACUCGAGGAGUCAUGUUCGAAAUGCUUUCGAGCAGGGCACUGGCAUCGUCACAAACUGGGACGCCAUGGAGCAUGUGCUCGACUACAUCUUCCUCAAACUCGGCAUGAACAACGCCGAGGGCAACAUUGACAUGCCCAUCGUCAUGACUGAGGCUGUCGCCAACUUUUCCUACGUUCGCAAGACCAUGAACGAGACGCUCUUCGAGUGCUACGGCGCCCCCUCAGUCGCCUACGGCAUCGACUCGCUCUUCUCCUAUCGCCACAACAAGGGCACCACCGGCCUCGUCGUCUCCUCGUCCCAUACCUCGACCCAUGUCAUCCCCGUCUACAACCAGAAGGCCAUGCUCGCCCAAGCCACCCGCCUGAACUGGGGCGGCUGGCACUCGGCCGAGUACCUCCUCAAGCUCCUCAGGCUCAAGUAUCCCGCCUUUGUCGGCAAGCUGAGCCCCUCGCAGGCCGAGCACAUGAUUUUACCUACGAGCACACGCACGAGGCCCAGCGUCGACUGGUCCAAGUCGAUGCUCCACGCCUUUGCCCGGGGGCCGCGCCCUUUCGACACGGCGUCCCAGGCCGAGGCGAACCAGAUCCACCUCAACGUCGAGCGCAUCCGCGUGCCCGAGGUCGUCUUCCGGCCCUCCAUCGCCGGCGUUGACCAGGCCGGCCUCGUCGAGAUCACGGGCGACAUCCUGACCCACCGCCUCGUCGACCAGGUCGGCGGCAGCGACGCCUUUCUGAAAGACGUCUUCCUGACGGGCGGCAACACGCUCUUCAAGAACUUUGACCAGCGCCUGCGCGACGGGCUCGCGGCACUGUUGCCGGCGGGCUCGCCGCUGCGCACGCGUCGCGCGGCAGAUCCGCUGCUCGAUGCGUGGAGGGGGGCCGCCGAGUGGAGCGGCGGCGACGCGUGGAAGGCGGCGGCUGUGACAAAGGCUGAGUACGAGGAAAAGGGGCACGAGUACCUCAAGGAGCAUGAUUUGGGGAACAACUGUCCCCCUGUAUGA